AUGAAGAUCUUCGCAGCAUUUCUGCUCUUCCUCACUUUUGCGCUCGGCCUUCCCGUCGCUGAACCUACUGCCGGCGAUAUCACCGGUUCGAAUCCACUCGAACCACGACCAAUCGGUAGCCGCCCAGUGGAACCUCGCCCGGUAGACCCACGCCCGAUCGGCUCCCGCCCAGUCGAACCGCGACCCAUCGGCUCGCGAAGUCUCUCAGAGCGCCAGAGCAGCAGCGCCGAUGAAUACAUCAUCGAGUUCAAGGACGGCUAUACGCACGACGACUUCUACAAGUGGACGGCAUACCACGAUAUCGCGUACGAGACGCGCAGAACAUACGACUACAAUGUCUUCAAGGGUAUCUGGCUGCAGCUGAAGAAGGGCGGGGAUUCCGCCGUAUUUAAAAGCUGGGAGGGGACUAAGGAUAUUUGGGUGGUGGAGGAUUAUGAGUAUCCGCCGGUGCCGGAGGCGGGUCCGAUUGCUAUGCCUACGUCUGUGGUCGUGCCUGCUGCUGCUUGA